CAAAUCGAUUGAUCCACCUUGAACUUUUGAACCAUUUGAGGCGGCAGCUUGUGAUAUAACUGUUGAAUAAUUCAAGAGCUGAGGAUGAGCCAACUGACCAAAAGUAAUGCCAACUGCCCACAUGUGUUUAGGCACUGUGCUCAUUGAAAUCUCUGAAUGUCCCGCGACCACAGUCAUGCGCUGCCAGUGACAUCACAUGCGGACCAAGGCUACAUGAAUUAGCAAUGAGCUGUUUGCUGGCCAACACGGAGUUGUGUCAUCACAUCCUGUCAUUUGGUGAGACAAAAUAGACACCAAACAAUCGAAACGUCUCCUCUUUCAUUGUUGUGCUGUGGGCGUUGUUGUUGUUGUUGUUGUUGACAUUGUGAGGUUGCGGCAGAUUCUACAGCGGACUGAUGAUUUAUCACUUGAAUGGCAGUCGGUCCGUUGAGAGGUUUCAAGAUACUUUUAUGAGAGAUGAUUGACUGAGUGGACACCACGUUGCUGAUUGAUUGGAUUGCCCUUACCGACAACAAUGUUUUCAGGAACUCAUUAUUCUGUGGAUGCGAAGGAGCAAGAACACGUAAUGGAGAACCAUGCAUCACCAACCAGCCCUUACUCGGCGGAGCGGUCUCGCUAUGCUGCCAAGAUGAGGCGGGACAAGGAAGGGGUGGAGAUUGCUGCCCUCUCCAAGCUCCUCCCCUACCCGGAGGAGGUUACCAGCCGACUGGACAAGGGCUCCAUCAUCCGACUCACCACCAGCUACCUCCGCAUGAAGAAGUUCUCCCAGAAAGAUGGGAAUGCACUAUUAGAGGAACUCAACCAGAAAGCCAUUACAGCGGGUGAAGAGGCCACAAAGGAACCAGCCGAACUGAAUGAUGGCGCCCUCAUGCUGCAGGCUCUGAAUGGAUUUGUGAUCUUCAUCUCGAGGAAAGGGAAGAUUUUCUACAUCUCCGAGAAUGUAGGCAAACAAAUGGGCAUCCAUCAGUACGAGAUGACUGGCAACGCCAUGAUGGAGUUCAUUCACCCCGACGACCAGAAGGAACUAGCCAAGCAGUUUGUAGUCCAGGUACCAGGCCAACAGACAUUCAAAGGCUAUGGCAUGGAGAAUGCGGGCGACGCACCAACCUCCAUGAGCUUCAACUGCUUCGAUUCAGACAAAGAUGAGGAGAUGCCCUCCAUUACAGAUUUUAUUCAGGAGCGACAAUUCUUUCUGAGAAUGCGCUCCGUCAUGUCGCGGCGAGGGUCUGGCGGGAAAGGCAAAGUCAUCGGUUACCGGGUCGUCAACUUCUGUGGGCGUUUGAAGCUGGCGUCUUCCUCCAGCAGCAGGGGCUACACCGUGGAGGGGCUGAUCUGCCUGUGUCGCCCCAUCCAGCCCCAGCCUAUCAUGGAGGUACGCAUGGACGGCAACAUGUUCAUGAGCAGGCACAGCUUGGACAUGUGCUUCACCUUCUGCGAUCCCAGGAUCAUCACCCUCAUUGGCUAUGAACCCCAUGAGCUGGUAGGCAAAACCGUCUACCAGUUUCACAAUCCUCUGGACGCAAGGAAAGUCAGUGAUUGCCACACCAACUUAAUCGUGAAGGGUACAAGUGCUACCAAGUAUUACCGCUUCAUGGGCAAGAACUGCUCCUGGGUCUGGCUGCAGACGAGAGCCACAAUCAUCUACAACACCAACAACGUGGCGCAGUACAUUGUCUGCAUGAACUAUGUCAUAGGGAAAGACGUUGGCGAGCGACAUCUGCUGAUGGAAGAGAUGGCCAAGAACAGAGGAGGGAAUGAGCUCUGUGGUAGCAUAGCUGACAGCGACUGUGGAGACAGUAUUGCCAGCCCCAGCAGCGACAUAGGCAGCAGUUACACGCCGAGCUGUGCCGACUCGCCGGGCACUUCUGGCAUCGGUUCGGGCUCAGACAUGGACGAGCCCCCACUCAAACAGGUCAAGAAGGAGAUGGACCUGAACGAACUCAUCCCCAAGGCCGUCCGCAAUAAGGAGGAAAUCAGGAAACCUCCUGCUGAGCAGGACAUUAGCUUUGCCGCGCUCUUGAAGAUGGAUAACUUAAAGACGAUGUAUGGAGCCACAGAGAGAAUGGACACGACAGAAAAGACGAACAAGGUGAAAAAACCGGAGAGUGUUUUGAAGGACACAAGCAGCAGGGCACAAGAAAAAGCAAACAGUGCCGGGCUUGUCGCAAACAGUGUUGAGGGGCCCUUUUGUAAUCCUCUUCUGCACGAAUCGACAGAGAUUCAGCGGUCCUUCCAAAGAGCAACUCAGAAUUCCACCAUGGAUACAUCGUUGCCCAUGCAGAUUUUCUCGCCAGUGAGUGAAGUGGGCUCGGACACCAGUAGCACUGCAGAGGUUAGUUCACCCCCAGUGGCAGCAGCAUUGCCAUCGGACGGACAGGAUACCCGGAUGGUCAGUGUAGGAGAAGAUGACGAGAACUUGUUCAAGGACCUGUUGGAGUUGACCAAGGACGACAACAUGGACAACCCCUUGUCGCAACUGAACUCAGAACUGCCUCGCAUGUCCUUCAGCGUAAACAGUCCCAGCAACCUGAGCCAGCUGCUGAACAGUCAGAGUGCUGCUAGCAUCUCGCUGGGUAUGUCCAGUCCCGAGUCCCAGGACCUGGUGGAUGACUGCAUCGAGGGAGAUGAUGACGUCUUCAACAGUAGACCUGAAUCGGCCGAAGCUUCUUCCAGCAUCUUGGCAGGACUUCUGGCCAAGCCGCCUGCCCAGGAGCAGGCCUGCAACGGUGCGGCAAGCCAGUCUGUGGAGCCUCCCUUGAGUCAGGACAACCUGCACUACAUGAACAUGUCAAUCACCAAAGUGGACCCCAUGAUGCCAGGAGCUGGCUUUCAGCUGCCGGACGACAUCGCCAACUUCUCGUUGGAGUUCUGCCAGCCAGUCAUGGACCAGGCAGCGUGCGAUGCUAUCGCAGCUCUAGGGGGUGACUUCUACCUACCUGAUCCCAUAGACAAUUACAGCAAUGGCAGUGGAGCCACCAUUACAGAAGUUACCGAUGCAGAAGACCCUGGAUUCUUACUCAACCCCAGUGAACAGGUGCGACAUGCUGCUGUAAAGCCUUCUGUUAACCCAUUGAACAGUCCUCCAAAAAUGCCAAAUGGCAUUGCACAAACUCAAGUGCCUCUGGCACAGCCUCAUAAUGCUUCUCCUGACCUACAUCUGAACGUUACUGAGCGAAUAUCCCAGUUGGACAUCAAAGACAGUAGUAGGGCUCCACAAUUGGGUGAAUCAGGUAAUGCCCCGAUCCUACAUGCCCUGCUGCUAGAGAACAAGGGCAACAGUCCAACUGCUGAGAAGUCCAGAGGGCAGCGGCCCCCACCACUGAGCAGCAAUGGACUCAAUAGUGUGAAUGACGUCCUGGGUCCAAUCACUCCCAGCACGAAAGCUGCAGUGGAUGCCGUGGACUCACUCAUACAGGACUUUGAUGACACAUCAGGUACUAACACUGCAGACCCGGUUUUUGCCACUUUGAAUGGCAACAACAACAUGGUAUGCCAGGAGAAUUUCGUCUUGCUGCAGCAAAUGGACCAGCAGCGGAAAGUCAUGGCUGAGGAGCAUCGCAGACAGCAGCAGAUCCUCAUAGACAAUCAGGCCAAACAACAGAAACUUCUGGAGGAGCAGCAGCAGCAACUGCUACAGAGCCAAAACCUGCAGAGCCAGUCCAUCGAGCAGGCGCUGCUCCGCAAGCAAAUGCAGCAGAAAUUGCAGCAGCAGCAGCAACAACAGCAGCUGUUGCACCAGCAACAGCAACAACAGGCAUUACUUGCUCAGCAAGCUGGCAUGGUAAGUGGCCGGCCAGGCCAGGGUUACGACUUCGCAGAUCAACAGGCCCGAACAGUUUCAGCAGCGCUUCCAGUUGCCAGCCAUUCCAGGCAGCAGCAACCAAUGCAGCAGUACUCUGCCUCCCCUCCUCAAGGCAUUGUGGAUCCCUUCCAUUUGCAGCAGCAACAACUGCAGCAGCAGCACCAGCAUGGGAGCCCACCUGUCUUGGGAAGAUCACCCCCGAUUGGCAGUCCGCCUAACUUGCCGCAGCAGUACCUCGUACAGCAACAUGCUAUCCAGCAGCAGCAGCAGCAGCAGCAGCAGCAGCAGCAGCAACAACAAAUGCAGCAACAGCAGCAACCCACAAACCCAGCUGGUUACUCCAACCAGAUACCACAGCCUUCCUACUGCAGGCAACAGCAGCAGCAGCAGAGCACCGGCGUUGUACAGGGACAAGUUAACAGCAACUCCAUGAUGUUUCAGAACCUGCAGUGGGGCAGCGCGGAUCCGGUAUUGUCUCACCAAGGCAAUGCUAUGCUGAACAGGCAGGGCCGGUCCAUGGACCAGUCUGACCUGGAUUUUGGCCUAGCUAAUAACCACUUGUUGCAACAUCAGUAGCCUCUUGUCUUACAAAAUGUAGCCCUACCGUACCCUGUACUUAUUUAAAAGCUGUUCUGGAUCCACUCAGUUUUUGUUGCAAACCCUUCCUCUGCAUUUAAGAGGCUGUGAAAUUAGACUUUAAGCUUGCAAUUUACUCCCAACAAUGUGGCAAAUGUUAACACUAACCACCCUGAAUCCUUCAAAAUCCUCUGCCAAAGUGGAGGAAUUUGGGGAAUUGAGUUUA